AUGAGGAGAACACGAGGCGUUUCGGCUCCUCCUGGCCUCUACUGCGCUGCGCCGUGGCCAGCAAGAGGCUUCUUUACCAUGCCAUCUCCUUCUCCGAGCUGGAGCCCGUUUCCUUUGUAUACAACCCCCACGAGCUCCAGUGGACAGAAAUGCUCUCCUGGUUCCUCAAACAGUUUCCAAUUCCGUCUGUCAUCUGCAAUGGCUGACCUCGAGAACCAGAUACACGCGUUACAACUCACAAGUGCUCCCUCCGAUGCGACUGCCAGCAUCGGCGAUGUGGUGGACCGCUUGCCUGCUCACGUCUGGCACAUUAUCUUCCGCCGUCUGCUUCUGCCGCCGCUCCCCCCGUCAGACCCUUACGGAAUUUUGAAGUCGCCUGAACGGACUUAUCAAGAAAUGCAUUAUGAGCCCGAGCCUCCCAUUGCUGACGCUGCUCUCCUGUGCUGCUGCCAGCAAGAGGUUAUUCCACCAUGUCCUCUCGUUCUCGGAAAUAAAGCCAUUUCUCUCAAGUUCAACAACUGCUACCCCCAGUGGACGAACAGGCUAUGCUGGUUUCUCAGACAGAGCGGGCACAAGUCGCUUUACAUCAUUCUCUCUCCAGAGGAUCUCCGCUCUCUUCAACAUCUGAUUUCACCCUCCAGGCCCUCCCUCAAUCGCUUACAGCUUAGGCUGGAUCCGAGUUGCAGAUGCACGAAUAACCACCUCUCUUUCUUGAAGGAUUUCGGGCAGCUGCAGCGGCUCAAGCUGUGUUCCGAUUCUUGGAAACUGGGAUUGCUGGACGCGGGAUGGUUCAGGUCGCUGCGCAUUUUGACCAUCAAGACUGAAAGCUGCAGAAGCGGAGACAUGAAGUUUAUUGCUGCCAUAACACCACAACUGCACGAGUUCACACUCUGCGGUCCAAGAAUCGGCUUCAUUCCCAUGCCUAAUGCCCAACGCGGCAUCACCAGCUUUGACUUUGAGUUUUCUGUUGCUCGAGUGGUCCGCUUCUGUUUCCCCAAGCAGUAUCUCAAACUCGGCCUCAUCCUCCCUCCCUCUCUCAUAUCGUUUUCUGCCCUGGGAGAACCGCUAGAGCUUGCUUGCAAGGCCAAAACUCCGCUUUCCCUUGACCAUCUCAUGCUCUACGGCUGCAAGUUGCUGGAUGCUUCAUCCCUCCCCCUCAGAUCUGCCAGAUCUGUCUUUCUGAAUGGAUCCAUUAUAGAUGGGCCAUCUAGCAGACCAAGCAGCUCCCACUACAUUCCUUCUGACAUUUCCAAUCUCUCCUUGACGCAGUGGCUUGGCGCUAUAGCGCCAACAGUGGAGGUGCUUGUAGUGAAGCACGAUCUCCCUUUGAACAAGGUGGAUGCAGAGUGGACGAGGCUGAAGAGCCUUGGGAUUGUCGUGAAUGCCGGAAGAGCUUAUGAGGACAUGAGGGAGACUGCUGUGGAAGAUGUUCGGCCUGAAACUCGUAUGGGGGAGCCUGGAUGGAUCGAAAGGAGCAUGUCCACACCAGUGCGGCCUCCCUCCAUCAAUGCUCCAAGCCUACAGACCAUCUUCUUUCCGACUCGUUUCUCUCAAGAGGCGGCUUCUGUGGGCAAUGUCUAUCCCUCCCUGACACUGUGCUGUGUUGUUGGUUGCUCGUUCUCAUGGAAGCGAGAUGGGGGGGAGUAUGAGAGACCAUUGAUGCGUAAGAGGUGUGACCCGACUUCAUCGGAGAGGCAUUUCGCUCUGCUCUCCUGUGCUGCUGCCAGCAAAAGGCUACUCCACCAUGUCCUCUCAUUCUCGGACAAAAAGCCUCUUUGCUUCAAGUUCAACGAGCGUAAUCCUGGAUGGGCAAAGAGGAGCUGCUGGCUUCUCAAACAAAGCGGGCAUAAGUCCCUUGACAUCUUCCUUCCGGCUGAAAAGCUCCGCUCUCUUCGCCCUCUGCUUUCGCCCUCCAAGGCCUCUCUUAAUCGCUUGCAGCUUCGAACAGUCUGGUUCUCUAAACAGACGGAUAAUCAUCUCGCCUUUCUGAAAGACUUUGAACAGCUGCAGCAGCUCGAGUUGUGUUCAGGCAAUUGGAAACUGGGAUUGCUUGACCUGAGAUGGUUCAGAUCCCUGCGCAUUUUGACCAUCAAGGAUGUGAGAUGCAGAAGUGGGGACAUGAAGUUUCUUGCCACCUUAACACCUCAGCUGCACGAAUUCACUCUCUGCGGUCCAAGAUUCUACAUCAUUCCGUCGUCUUAUCACGGACCCGACCUUGGGAUCAGCACUUUCGAGUUCAACUUUUCUGUUGCUCGAAUGAUCCGUUUCCAAUUCCAAAAGCAACAUCUCAGACUCAGCCUCACCCUCCCUUCCUCUCUCAAGUCCUUCUCUGCCUUGGGAGAGCCUGUUGAGCUUGCUUGCAAGGCCAAAACACCUCUUUCACUUGACCAUCUCAUGCUCUACGGCUGCCAGUUCCUCGAUACUUCAUCUUUCCCGCUCAGAUCUGCCAAAGCCUGGCUUGCUACUAUAGCGCCAACAGUGGAGGUGCUUAUAGUGAAGCACAUUGUUCCUUUGGAGAAGGUGGACGUCGAGUGGACAAGGCUGAAGAGCCUCGGGGUUGUGGCCAUCUUCUUUCCGACUCGCUUAUUUCAAAUGGCAGCGUCUGUGGGCAAGGUCUUCCCCUCCCUCACAAUGUACUGCAUUGUCGAAUCCUCGUUUUUCUGGGAGCGAGAUGGGAAGGAGAACGAGAGACCACGGAGGCACAAGAGGUUUGAUUCGAAGACAUUGGAGAGGCAUUUUGGUAUAUAUGGCUAUACGAGUGUUCGGCAGGAGAUGCACGCUUACAACCAACAGUUGGUGAAGGGGUACAGGCCCCAUAAAGAGGAUGUAAUAUGGUUCUGA